UGAGAGCUGAUUCUGAUUGACUGUGCUGACUAACAUUGAUUAUAAUACUUCUUUCCUUUUAGCAAAAUCAGAAUGAAAGUGAAGAACUUGCUGCAUGUAGAUCUGAACUUGAGAAAGCGAAGGAGGAGAUAGAGAAAGCCCGGGCAUCAUACGACAAAGAGAAAGAUCGCCUUGAAAAACUGAACAAGGAAAUGACAGAUGAGCUCCAGGAGAAAGAAUUAGAAAAUGAUCGUCAAUAUCAAACAAUUGUUGAUUUGAAAGAUGAGCUGAAGUCAUUAACAGCAAGCGCUAAGGAGAUGAAGCAAAAUCAGAAUGAAAGUGAAGAACUUGCUGCAUGUAGAUCUGAACUUGAGAAAGCGAAGGAGGAGAUAGAGAAAGCCCGGGCAUCAUACGACAAAGAGAAAGAUCGCCUUGAAAAACUGAACAAGGAAAUGACAGAUGAGCUCAAGGAGAAAGAAUUAGAAAAUGAUCGUCAAUAUCAAACAAUUAUUGAUUUGAAAGAUGAGCUGAAGUCAUUAACAGCAAGCGCUAAGGAGAUGAAGCAAAAUCAGAAUGAAAGUGAAGAACUUGCUGCAUGUAGAUCUGAACUUGAGAAAGCGAAGGAGGAGAUAGAGAAAGCCCGGGCAUCAUACGACAAAGAGAAAGAUCGCCUUGAAAAACUGAACAAGGAAAUGACAGAUGAGCUCCAGGAGAAAGAAUUAGAAAAUGAUCGUCAAUAUCAAACAAUUGUUGAUUUGAAAGAUGAGCUGAAGUCAUUAACAGCAAGCGCUAAGGAGAUGAAGCAAAAUCAGAAUGAAAGUGAAGAACUUGCUGCAUGUAGAUCUGAAUUGGAGGAAGCGAAGGAGGAGAUAGAGAAAGCCUGGGCAUUAUACGACAAAGAGAAAGACCGCCUUGAAAAACUCAACAGGCAAAUGACAGAUGAGCUCCAGGAGAAAGAAUUAGAAAAUGAUCGUCAAUAUCAAACAAUUGUUGAUUUGAAAGAUGAGCUGAAGUCAUUAACGGCAAGCCAUAAGGAGAUGAAGCAAAAUCAGAAUGGAAGUGAAGAACUUGCUGCAUGUAGAUCUGAAUUGGAGAAAGCGAGGGAGGAGAUAGAGAAAGCCUGGGCAUUAUACGACAAAGAAAAAGAUCGCCUUGAAAAACUCAACAGGCAAAUGACAGAUGAGCUCCAGGAGAAAGAAUUAGAAAAUGAUCGUCAAUAUCAAACAAUUGUUGAUUUGAAAGAUGAGCUGAAGUCAUUAACAGCAAGCCAGAAGGAGAUGAAGCAAAAUCAGAAUGGAAGUGAAGAACUUGAUGCAUGUAGAUCUGAAUUGGAGAAAGCGAAGGAGGAGAUAGAGAAAGCCCGGGCAUCAUACGACAAAGAGAAAGAUCGCCUUGAAAAACUGAACAAGGAAAUGACAGAUGAGCUCCAGGAGAAAGAAUUAGAAAAUGAUCGUCAAUAUCAAACAAUUGUUGAUUUGAAAGAUGAGCUGAAGUCAUUAACAGCAAGCGCUAAGGAGAUGAAGCAAAAUCAGAAUGGAAGUGAAGAACUUGAUGCAUGUAGAUCUGAAUUGGAGAAAGCGAAGGAGGAGAUAGAGAAAGCCCGGGCAUCAUACGACAAAGAGAAAGAUCGCCUUGAAAAACUGAACAAGGAAAUGACAGAUGAGCUCCAGGAGAAAGAAUUAGAAAAUGAUCGUCAAUAUCAAACAAUUGUUGAUUUGAAAGAUGAGCUGAAGUCAUUAACAGCAAGCGCUAAGGAGAUGAAGCAAAAUCAGAAUGAAAGUGAAGAACUUGCUGCAUGUAGAUCUGAAUUGGAGGAAGCGAAGGAGGAGAUAGAGAAAGCCUGGGCAUUAUACGACAAAGAGAAAGACCGCCUUGAAAAACUCAACAGGCAAAUGACAGAUGAGCUCCAGGAGAAAGAAUUAGAAAAUGAUCGUCAAUAUCAAACAAUUGUUGAUUUGAAAGAUGAGCUGAAGUCAUUAACGGCAAGCCAUAAGGAGAUGAAGCAAAAUCAGAAUGGAAGUGAAGAACUUGCUGCAUGUAGAUCUGAAUUGGAGAAAGCGAGGGAGGAGAUAGAGAAAGCCUGGGCAUUAUACGACAAAGAAAAAGAUCGCCUUGAAAAACUCAACAGGCAAAUGACAGAUGAGCUCCAGGAGAAAGAAUUAGAAAAUGAUCGUCAAUAUCAAACAAUUGUUGAUUUGAAAGAUGAGCUGAAGUCAUUAACAGCAAGCCAGAAGGAGAUGAAGCAAAAUCAGAAUGGAAGUGAAGAACUUGAUGCAUGUAGAUCUGAAUUGGAGAAAGCGAAGGAGGAGAUAGAGAAAGCCUGGGCAUUAUACGACAAAGAGAAAGACCGCCUUGAAAAACUCAACAGGCAAAUGACAGAUAAGCUCCAGGAGAAAGAAUUAGAAAAUGAUCGUCAAUAUCAAACAAUUGUUGAUUUGAAAGAUGAGCUGAAGUCAUUAACAGCAAGCCAUAAGGAGACGAAGCAAAAUAACAAUGGAAGUGAAGAACUUGCUGCGUGUAAAUCUGAACUGGAGAAAGCAAAGGAGGAGAUUGAUAAGGCCUGGGCACUAUACGACAAAGAGAAAGAUCGCCUGGAGAAAAUCAACUGGCAAAUGACAGGUAAAGUGCUGAUAUGUAAUUAUUCAGACGGCCUCGUACUUUCAUCUCCCUCGGUGUUUGGAAUCCCUGAUGAAACACUCGCACUUGUUUUUCAUAUAUUACAUGAAUACGAACAAAGCCUGGCAAGCACUGACAGGUUCAAUUAG